CCCUAGAAUUGAAGCUGCGCUAGGGCAAAUCAGAUUGUAUCUAUUAGGGUUUGCAGCAGAGUUCCUCAUCAAUGGCUCCUCCCAAAGAUGUUAGUAAGAAAACUGACCAGAAGGCUCAGGCCUUGAAAGCAGCUAAGGCUGUCAAAUCAGGUUCAUCUACAUUUGCCAAGAAGGCUAAGAAGAUCAGAACUACUGUCACUUUUCACCGACCAAGGACAUUGAAAAAGGAAAGGAAUCCCAAGUACCCUAGGGUUAGUGCUCCAUCAAGGAACAAGCUUGAUCAAUACCAAAUUCUUAAGUACCCACUCACAACUGAAUCAGCAAUGAAGAAAAUUGAAGACAAUAAUACACUUGUCUUUAUUGUUGAUAUUCGUGCUGACAAGAAGAAGAUUAAGGAUGCUGUCAAAAAGAUGUAUGACAUCCAGACUAAGAAAGUGAAUACCCUUAUCAGGCCUGAUGGUACAAAGAAGGCCUAUGUGAGGUUGACCCCAGAUUAUGAUGCACUUGAUGUUGCAAACAAGAUUGGCAUCAUCUAAUUUUUGAACCUUUUAUCGCAUGGUGUUAUGGUUUUUUCAUAGACAAGUCUCUUCUCUUUGUAUUGACUCUAAUGGGUUCUCCCAUUCAAAUUUCUUCAAGACAUUAUUUUUAUUU